CAGAUACUGGCGCAUCAAGUUCACGUGCGAGUGAUUACCGCCUUGCUUUAAAAAAGGUCAUGCGGAAUAAUUCGAACACUUUUUUAGAUCCAUAAAAGGUUUUAUAUGUAUAUCGUAUAUUGAUUUUUUAUUCGAUUUAUUGUUUCUGUGAUAAACCGUGAAGUGUAGUGAUGAGUGCCGCGAAACAGCUGGUUCCGCCCGAUGGAGGAUGGGGCUGGAUGGUCGUAUUGGGAAGUUCGCUUAUUCAAACUCUAGUGAUGCCCAUGGGACAUGUGUUUGGUUUAAUAUUCGCCCAAAGAUUUGCUACCAUGGGCCUGUCCGCUACCGACGUGUCCGUAUUGAUGAACGCGAACGCAGCAACGGGUAUGCUACUUGGGCUGCUGAAUGGUCCUCUGCUUAAACUGAUCGGGUACCGCGCUCUUGGACUCCUCGGAGGAUUCAUGAUAAGCGGAGGAAUUAUGCUGAGUGCAUUCGCUACGAGUUUUACCCAACUCCUCCUGACUUUCGGGCUAAUCAUGUCUCUGGGCGGAAUGGUGCUGAUGACUGCAUUCUCAACUGCAGUUAACUUGUAUUUUAAGGAAAAACUGAAUAGAGCUACUAGCAUUACUGUUACACUUUCAGCUCUGGGUCCAAUAUUUUUCCCUUAUUUUAUCACCGGUUUGAUGAGCCACUAUGGUGCUUUUGGAUGUAUCCUGAUAUUGGGCGCAAUAUCGACGCACACGAUAAUGGCCGCAUUACUCCUGCAACCAGUCGAAUGGCACAUGAAGAAAAUACCGACGACGAAUGUCGCGAAUAAAAUCGACAAUAAUGGGUCGGAACAGAGGACGGAAACAUCCACAGGAAAGCCGACACAAAAUAGAUCCAACACACAGUCGACGUGCCGGAUUCGCAGAGCUAUAGCGGCUGUUGUCAAGUUCCUAGAUUUGGACAUAUUAACUGACAGUGUUGUACUGAAUGUGCUUUUGGGAAUGGUCCUCACCAUAUUCGUAGAUAUCAACUUCGCUCAAAUAACGCCGUUUGUGAUGCAGGAUCUGUCUUUUAGCUCCAAUGACAUUGCGUUUUUCAUGACAGUUAUAUCAACUGUUGACAUCUUUGGUAGAUUUAUUAGUCCGUUCAUAGACGAGUAUUUGAAAUUUGGAGCAAAGAAAAUGAUGAUGAUCACUUUGGCGCUUAUGAUUCCUAUCAGAAUGGGUUUGUUAUUUUCGGAAAGCUACUAUCAAGUUCUAGCAGUUUGUGCUAUUCUUGGUCUGGUCAAAGGUGCUUCAACGGUCUACAUGUUCCUGAUUUUACCUAGUUGUCUUCCAGUGGAGAAAUUGGCAGCAGCCGGAGGCGUAAUGAUGCUGGGUUGCGGGGUUUUCCUUAUGACCUUUGGUCCAGUAAUGGGAUACUUGAGAGAUUCUACAGGAUCAUACACACAGUGUAUCAUGGUAUUAAACGCUCUCAGUAUAAUAGUUAUUACAUUUUGGACAUUGAAAAAUCCUGACAAUAAGAAAACACAAAAAUGUAUAAAAACUACCGAUGCAGAAGUUAAUUUCCUUCCUGAAGUUAUACAAAACAUUCUGGAUUUAGCACAUGAUCUCGGUUUUGAAGAUUUAAACGAAUCUGAUGUGCUGGAUCUACUUGCAGCUGAUAGGGAACCCCUUUCGUAUGAGGAACUCAUUCAGUUGCACGCAGAGCCGGCAAUUGAUGAAGAUACAGAACCUGUUGUAUCCAAACAGCUAACAUCAAAAAUCAUGUCGAACGCUUUUUCAUAUUUUGAACAAGGAAUAAACAUCCUCCUUGAAAACGAUCCUGACGUCGAACGUAGCGCUAAUAUGUCUCGAGGAAUUAACUCAGCCAUUAGCUGUUAUAAAUCACUAAAGGAAGAAAUAGACAAGAAGGCAAGACAAACAACUUUAGACAAAUUUUUCAAACCACCAACGCAAAAUGAUGGUGGCAGUGAUCUGUAG